UGCAUUAAAUCAAAUGUUGUAGAGAAAAAGUAAUAAACCCUAGAAACACAGUCACGUAGGAAUCUGGGUGAGAAAGAAAAUGGUGUUAUGGGAGAUUACCCUUGCCACUGCCUAUUUUUUGGGCCUCAAGCGAACCUACAGGCUCGCCCUCAGGAUUCAGCGUAGGAUCCUAGCCCCAAAGAUCCGUCCAUUUGUUCAUCGACGAACACGAGCUGUGUUCAGUGUAGCACUGAAAGCUAAUCAGAGCAUUCAAGAAAGAGACAUUACAUUUGGUAGGAAUAUGGGAAACUACAUUUUGCAGCGGCUAAAUAGAAUGAAACCAAUGGCUCAAACUCCGGGUGGAUCACCCUCCAUUGGUGCUCAUCGCCCAAGUUUACAAAUGACAAAGCUUGCAUCAAGUUUUUCCAACAGCAAAGCUUCUAGUUACUAUCAAUUAUUCAAGAGGAAAUCAGGUAAACAAAGCACCUGGUUCCAACAACAAAGCAUAUGGUCAAAGCCUUUCCCCUCCAUUGUAAAGAUGAUGCGGCCUCGAAGUCUUGCUGGGACUACCACCGAUUGCAGGCACCUCAAUGUCAAUGCUUCUCAUGCUUUUAGGCCAAACUACAGAGUAAAUUGGCCAGGUCAUGGCAUUAGGAAGGACAUAAUGCAAUGGAUGGUGCGAAACUAACAUCAUAUAUUCUGGCAGGGGACAGUAUGGUAAAUACCGGAAACCAGUGCUGAUGGAAGCUGCUUUUAUUUUCUGCCCCAGACUUUUUCUUCUUUUUUUCAAUAAUCUUUGUACAUAGUUUGUUGAUUUUCCUUUUGGAGAAUGAACUUUGUGGGGUUUGUCUGUUAGAGAACCGCAGAAUUGAUCAAUAAAUUCUACCAGGUACCUAGGAAAUGGAAUAAACAAGAAUGAUUUCACUCCCAAUCUAAUGAAGAUUUCUGAAA